AGAGUCCACAUGGCAACUGGCUCAGGGACCAUACCUAGUCGGCAAUGAUGAAUCAAGACUGCCAGGCACACGUGCAUUUCAUCUUUUCGGGCCAUUCACAUGCUUCCAUUUGUUAUUAUUGCCAUUGCCAACAGUGGCAUUGCUGCAUGGUUUGCCUGCGAAACUCAGGAGCAAGCACUCGUCCCCUUUGGCGCUAAACUAGAUAACGCUGCAUCGUGCAUCGGCCCAUAACACUAAGAUCUCUUGCGUGUAAGUGAGCUGACCCAUGCUGCUGGGCUCUGCGAUCGUAAAACACUUCGCUCCACCAUCAGAAACAUAAACUCUUGCAUGACUGUCUAGCAUAUCCUCACGACCUUCUCUCCUACGACUCGAGAAUCAUCAUCGUCUAAUUGCAAAGAGACUGAUACGCGGCACCGCCAGUAUCUUCACUUGUGCUUACUUAUCCUUGCACGCCCGCUUAAAAUCUGCGCUCACAUCAAAGUAAUAUUCAUUCUGUAAAAUGGAGAAACCAAGGCAAAGAACGGCUAUUGUCAUCGGCGCUGGCGCGGGUGGCAUCGCCACAUCCGCACGCCUUGCUAAGGCUGGCUUCGACGUGACCGUGUUAGAGAAGAACUCGUUCACUGGUGGUCGUUGCUCGCUCAUCCACCACGAGGGGUACCGUUUUGAUCAAGGGCCCUCACUUCUUCUACUGCCCAAGCUCUUCAGAGAGACCUUCUACGACCUGGACACAUCUCUCGAGGCCGAGGGUGUGGAAUUGAUGCAAUGCCCCUCAAAUUACAACGUCUGGUUCGCAGACGGAGAGUCGUUCGAGCUCUCGACGGAUCUGGUGCGCAUGAAGAAGCAGAUCGAGCGGUGGGAAGGGAAGGAUGGCUUCCAACGGUAUCUGAAGUGGCUCGAGGAAGCGCAUCAGCAUUAUGAGUUGAGCGUCAGCGAUGUCCUGCACAAGAACUUCACAAGGUGGUGGGAUCUGUGCAACCCGCACUUUGUCAGGUCGGGAAUCAAGCUGCACCCGCUUCACAGCAUAUGGAACCGCGCCAGCAAGUAUUUUUGGUCGGAGAGGUUGAGGAGGGUGUUCACAUUCGCGACCAUGUACAUGGGCAUGAGUCCGUUUGACGCCCCGGCGACGUACUCGUUGCUCCAGUAUACAGAGCUGGCUGAGGGCAUAUGGUACCCGAAGGGUGGUUUCCACGCUGUGCUGCAGGCGCUGGUCGACGUGAGCGAGAGGUUUGGCGUCAAGUACCGCCUAAACACACCAGUCAAGCAAGUCUUAACACUACCUGACGGGAAGACCGCCACUGGAGUCCUGCUGGAGUCGGGCGAGAGACUCGACGCAGAUAUCGUGGUGGUAAAUGCGGAUUUGGUCUACGCCUACAGCAACCUCUUCCCACAAACCCCCAGCAUGGAGAAGUUCAGCGAGUCCCUCCGGCAAAGAGAUGGCUCAUGCAGCUCGAUAUCAUUCUAUUGGAGUCUGAACAAGAAGAUCCCGCAGCUCAACACACAUAACAUCUUCUUGGCGGACGAGUACAGGGAGUCGUUCGACUCGAUCUUCGCCAGACAAGAGCUUCCGACGGAGCCAAGUUUCUACCUUAACGUGCCUAGUCGCAUGGAUUCCGACGCUGCGCCGGACGGCUGCGAUGCAGUUAUUGCAUUGGUGCCGACCGGACACCUGUACCAGUCGCGAGGCUUCCUGAAGGAGGACGCAGGCAUCCCGCGCGACCACGACUGGAAACAACUGGUCGAGCGGGCCAGGCGUUCCGUCCUCUCCACAGUCUCGGCCCGAACCGGCUGCGAGGACAUCGGCGCCUGCAUCACCAACGAGAUUGUGAAUGACCCGUUCACGUGGGAGUCCAAGUUCAACCUGGACAAGGGCUCGAUCCUGGGCCUGAGCCACAGCUUUUUCAACGUGCUCAAGUUCCGCCCGAGCACGAGGGCGCAGGGCUACAAGAACGCCUACUUCGUGGGCGCGAGCACCCACCCAGGCACUGGCGUGCCAAUCGUCUUGGCCGGCGCGAAGAUCACCACGGAGCAGAUCCUGGCCGACCUGGGUCUGCCCACCCCGUGGGAGACGCACCCCGCACAGCUGGAGGACCAGGGAGUCCCGCAGACGAAGUCGACAAACAAGCUGGACAAGCUCCAUGCGCCCAUAGGGAAUGUCCAAAUUGCGGAAGUCAUGAAGAUUGGUAUAUUAUGGAGCGCAACUGCAGUAUUUCUGGUUGGCUAG